AUGUCAGAUACCAUGAUAUCAGCUAAAUCGGUUGUUGAUGUUUUUCCUCUCGGAUGUCAGUACUUAUUGGAGUUUUGUCAUAAAGAUAGUAUACUCAAUAGAUCAAGCACUUUAUCAAGUGACCAGCCUUCUGAUUUCUGGAGAACUUGGGAGUCUGGUGGACUAUUCGAUGAGCUCUAUAUCUCUCAAAAUACUAUCGUAUGGAGCUGUGGGACAGAAACAGCUUGUUCCUUUCCGAAGCUUGUACUCAAUUUCGAUACUCCGGUCAUAGACGCGUUCAAAUCUUCAUUUUUUCUACCUGCUCUUCAUUCUGGUCAGGGAUUUUUGCCUCAUGUAAACGAGAAUAUACCUGGACGAAUUCAAGAAGGAUUGUCUAUUUUUGAGUCGGAACGUAUGACUUUUAUUGAUGAUUCGGGAGAACAAUACACAGUACGGAUUCCAUGUCGUAUAAGAGAGGUUUGGGCUCUGAAUACUCUUGUACUUCUUGAACGUCAGCCAAAUAAUUAUGAAGUCAGGUCCGAAAAUCCUAACACAACACCUACGAGUUCAUGUGCAUUGUUUUCAAUGUUCAGCCUCACACACCCACUUGAUGAAGCUGCUCCUGUUAUCUUAAAAGUUCCUUUACCUAAUGGAGGCUUUGGAAUAGGUUUCGUCAGUGAUGUACAUUUAAAAAUAAUCGGUGUUAUUGCACCGCUUAAUAUGGUUAUAACAUAUCACUCCUUAACCAGGUUACAUUCUGUUUGGCUUUUAGAGAAGGCCUCGUCACAUGACUACAUAUAUUUGUAUCAAAUGGAUCCUGAUGGCCGUGCCAGUGUGGCUACACAUGCGUUGACUGGUCUGGUUUAUCAACCUGAAUCUGUGAAGCAUGUUAAAAGUUUUGAUAAGGAUUUAAGUACUUUUGAUGAACACUCCGUCCGAUGUUCACUGAACUCUACCAUUUGUUUGAGUCCUUUUGCCGCAUCGUUAUCACGUUUAACGAGAACUGAAAAGCAAUCUUUUCGUCUGAAUCACAGUGGCAAUCGUCGAUCUCCUGGUCAAUCCUUGUCUGCUCCUUUUACGCCUACGAAUCUCGAUUCUUACAUCAGCCGUCUCUCUAAUGUCACACCUAACAACUUGAGCCAUCUGCAAUGUACAGCCAACAGUCCAUCGGGUUUUCUCUUAAGAAGGGGAUCUCUUGUACAAGCACAGCAGGCAGGAAAUAAUUGUACACCCAAACCAGUAGGUAGCAUUCAAACUCCGAAGCACAACUUAAUCAACAUAACUACACUACAUGGACGACUCUCUUCUACGAGGCCCAAUAUUUAUUCUUCUAAUCUGCAUGAAACUCCUGUUCGAACUGAAAAACUCUACACUAUUGAUCCCGAUCAGGUUGAAAAUUUACUGGAUGAGCCACUGCUCCCGAAAGUUUGUUUGCGUCUGGUAUGGUCAGAGACUCCUUCAGCACGAUCGCAUAGCACACUAACUAACACUGGUUUUUUCAGUCCAUUAAAUAAUGAAUCCAGUCACAAAAAAGAAAACGUUAGUAAUUUUGUUCCUUACGUCUCUGAUCUACCGGCUUCCGGUCGAUUCGCUUUGCUAAGUCGUCGUCUACCAAAUUUACCUUUUCCAGCGUCUAGAGCUGAAUCAAUUAUUUUUAAUAGUCCUAGUACUACGAAAAGCAAAGCUCUUUCUGGUAACUUAUGUAACUCUUCUCAGGCAGUACCAAAGGAUAACAAUGUAACUCUUCCACUACAAAAAUCUGGUCCAGUGAAAUCACGUGCAUUUUUGGCCGUUGAUAUAAUAUCUACCUCGUGGAUUUGUUUUCUUACCGGCACAUCUAUUUUGGAUUGUAGACAGUCCAGAUUAGCUUGCUUACGCAUAAAUGAUAAUUAUAUCGAUUGUAAACAGCCUAAAGACUUCCCAACAGUUUUUGGUGAUUUAGUUUAUCUUCGAGCCUGUGAUGCCGUGUAUGUGCCUUAUUCACGAAUAACUAUUUGUUUGGAACCGGGAGUUGGCAUAGUUUUAUACUCAGGAAUAAAAAAGAUUUGUUUACUUGGCUUAAGUCCACCUCCGCUUCUCAGCAUGUACCUUGGCGUAGGUGGUCCACAAACUGUAAAAUCAAGGUUGAGACAUGCUGCGUCAAUUGUUGAAGUACCCUUUAUCGUGCGACCUGAUCUCUUGAACACUGAACGAUGGCAUCAGAAUACAGUUCAUUCAGUGCUGUCUAAAUGUAUAUCUGUUAUGACUUCAAACCAAAUGUUGAUUGAUCAGUCUUAUACAGUUUCAUCUGGAUCAAUUUCCAAUAAAAAAACCUUUUGUUUUAGCGAACUCUCAAGUGAUCUGAUAAAUAUCAAGGAACUGCAUACUAAACAGGGUAAUGACCAUCUUUGCGAAACGAACCAUUCGAAUAUAGAUACUGAAAAUUGCAGUGAAAUAAAUGCAUCGAACAAUCAAUCCGAAGUAAAAUCUAUGGAGAGAAUUUCUUUGUGUGAUCCAGCUGGGAAUUCUUUUACGAUAGCAAAUCAAAGUAAAGCUACUGGAGUAGAUAAAUCUGCGAACUUCGUAGAUUCUAAUCAAUUUUUUCGUGUGUAUUUGCCAACCACUGCAGAAAACGAAAUGGUUCAACGAUGUUUAACGAGUUUGAAUCGUUGUCUACCUGAAGAUGCAAGUCUUAUGCUUUUUGCUCGUUGGUAUGUAAUAUCAAAUGCUCCAGGAACGAAAAGUUCAUAUAAAUUCCAAGAACCCGAGACAAGUUAUUGCGACGAUACAGGUGAUCUUGGGAUAAACUAUUUUGAUGGACCUGGAGAAUGGAAUCGUUUUGCUAAUUUUAUAUUAUCAGCUUCAGGUUUUUCUUUUUAUCAUCGACACACUGGAAACAUCGUAUCUUCGGAAUGUCAAAAUAAUGUAGGUGGCAUCUUCCGAUCGUCUAAACGCCGUCGACCCGGUCCUGAAGAAUCUUCAGAAUUAGAUUGGAAUAACUUGAUCGAUCUCUUAGAUUUAGGGUAUGAUAAUGAACUAGUUCAUCCAUCUUUAUUUUUACCAAAAUCAACUAAUUUGUUGUUUAUGAAACUGGACUUCGAAAAAAAUCUGGCUUUUAGUGAUCAAAAACAAUCCGUUUAUCUUUCAUAUGUUCGUGAUGAUCCUGAUAGUCGUAUUAUACUUUCUUAUCUACCGACAAUAUUGUUCGCCUUUCAUUUAACAUAUGAGGAAGCUAAAUUGAAUUCCAUUUUACAAGAUAAAGUGAAGCAUCUAGCCGAACUCAAUUUCAUCAUUUCAAGUAUAUUAAAUUUGCCGGCUUAUACUACGUUUUAUGAAAAUGAAUAUCCAAGUUUGUGUAACUUGUCUUUAGUUACUGAUGCCAAAUUUCCAACUAAGUAUUUAAAGUGGCCGAAUAAAAUAUCGUUUGAUAUUGCACCUUGCUUGUUAUCAUGGAUAACAAGACAGUUGGAAUCAGUUUUUUCUGGUGGGACUUCUGUUAGAAUAAAUCCUUAUCCUUAUCUGACUGGUGUAAAUGAUUUGGCAACUGCCUUAGCAGGAGUAAUCGUUUCAGCUUUAUCCACAGAUAAACUGGAGGUACUUAAAAGCUCUGAUUUAAAGUCCGCAGUUCAAUAUCUUUUGGAGUUUUGGUCUGAUCAUAUAUUCACAUGGAAAACAUUCGUAAAGUCGAGUGGUUCAGUUUAUGAAUGUGCAUCAAGGAAAAGAGAUGAUUUUCCUAUAUUUAAUGAUGAAGAAGUUAAACAUUGGCUACAGAAUGCUGGACCUUACGCUUGUUCUUAUGUCGAGACACUUUUAACUUGCGUUACAUUAUCUAGUAAUAAAUUUUCUCAUAAAAAUGAAUCAACUGGUUUACCGAUUUCUGCACAACAUUUGGCAUUAUUAUUUCUUAGUCGAUUGGAGUCGAGCAGUACAGUGUUCUAUGGUGUGUUGAGUAGGAGAUUACGUGUACUUCCACCUGGAUUGUCAAUGGUUUUACGUAUUUUUCUUAACCGUUGCCGGCUGCAUCCUCCGCCUAAUUGUGAUCCUCAUGUAUAUAGUUUGAUGGGACGUACUGAUUUGGCGAAGCAAGCACAUAUGUUGAAUCAUCAGGAAAACUCUAUCUUUGAUUCAGUAUUUAAUUCUAAUUCUGUUAGUACAAGUUCUGAGCCAAUUAGUCUAUGUAAAGUAUUAUCUGUGCCUUCGUCUGUCGGUGAAACUUCUUCCUGGUCUAUCGGAGAACGCUGGUCAAAUUUAGUUCUUCCUCUUCGAGAUAUAGACUCAUUAUCCUCGAAUGUGGCUGUAUCAUCUCAUGCUCUUUUGUACCAUAUAGAAAACAACCCAUGUUGUCAAGCUUCUUUCAAGGAUGAUUUACGUCUUCGUGAAGCAUAUCGGCUUCUUCAAAGUUUCAGUCAUAUUCGUCUUCCUCGUCUGAAUUCCGAAGAUCCUGUCAGUACAUCUCCCAAUAAUGCUUCUGGUUCUGAUUUAAAUGCUCGUUUGACAGAAGCACGGUUUGAGAUGCACUUAGCUGCAGCUGGUAUUCGUGUUUGGGCUUCUGUUAUUGGUCGUGGAAUGCUGACUUUUGGAAUCCUUACAGGUUCGAAAGUACCAACACAACUUCGUGUACCUCCAAUAUGUUUACGUGGUCGAGCAAUUUCUCCAAGCAGUGGAAGGCGUGUUUUGGUUGACCUCGCUCGAGAGCCCCUCGGGCCUGCUAAUACAAAUGUGGGUGCCAACAGGACUGGAACUGCUGAAGCGAUUGCGAGUGGCUUAGACAUAGCUGGGGGUAGUGGAGAUAGACUUAGAACCACUGGUAUCCAGAGUGUUGACGCUUCUAAUCAUCCAGGAAAUUCUGUGGCUCUAGCUAUCGCUUCUUCAUUAGCCUCAUGUGGUGCAGGGGCAUCUUUGCGUACUGUAUCCUUAGGACUGAAACGUAUGACACCAAGCAAUAACUUGCUUAACAAUUAUGCCAGUUCCAAUAUUUCCACGACAGCUACAAACUCAGCGUCUUCUACUGCUUCAUUGCUGUCCACUGCCAACAUUCAACAGGCCCCAGGAGUACUGGCUGCAAAGCACUGGCCAGAUUUUCAUAAUGGAGUGGCUAUUGGUUUAAGUAUAUCACCUCAUGCCUCGAUAGAUGCAACAUGGAUUUUAUAUAACUGUCGUGCUGCCGGAUUCACAUCCACUAAUAAUUCCAGAAAUAAUCUUCGUACUAAUCAAGAUUCCACAUCAUCCCAGGACACGUCUAGUCCAGAACAAGCUGGUCUACUUCUCGGUUUGGGUUUAAAUGGUCAUUUAAACAAAAUUACACCUUAUGAUAUAGGAGAAUAUCUUGUACGAGUGCAUGACUUGCACAAUAUGGCUGUACUUUUAGGGUUAUGUGCUGGGAGACGAGGUACAAUGGAUCAGUCUGUUUUGCGGCUUAUUGCAGUUCAUUACCGUCCACUUUUGCCUUCCAAUCCUUUGAUUAAUGUCCAACUUAGUGUUCCUAAUUUAUGCCAAGCGGCUGCCAUUUUCGGUCUUGGGUUACUUUAUCAGGGAUCAGCACAUCGACAUAUUACUAAUUUAUUGAUUAAUGAGCUAGGUCGUUCGUUAAGUGAAGAUUCUCAUUCUGAUGCACAUUUAGGAUUAAAUGCAGAUACGGACUCCCAGCAAACUGUUUCUAAUGCAUCUAAUAAUAAUCCCACAAAUAAUACCAUCGGUUGGACUGGUGCUGGUGGCUCAGGGGGUUUUGCAGGUGACAGCUGUGAGCUUAUGGCUCUUUCAGCUGGUCUUGCACUCGGGCUUGUACUCCUACAGAGAGGUGAUACACCAUGUGGUUUGUCUGAUCUACAAUGGGCGGAGAAAUUACGUGCGUAUAUGACUUCGGGACCAAGGAGUACGAAUUCAGCUGUUGCAGAGAAUCAACAAUUCACCGUGCAUUUCUCAUGUGAUCUUCAUGAAAGAUGUUUACCUAUUCAGCGCGUGAAAGGGAGAGGUGCUCCCCAUCGACUAGUAGACCAUUCAAGACGACCUCAUCAGACGAGUGUUGAACCUGUUAGUCCUCAAAAUAAUUUAUCAGAUUCUUCUACAAGAGGUGCUUCUCUCUCUUCAAGUACCUUUCGAACUCCCAGCUUACUGCUGCACAGCGAUUACUCAACGGAACCUCUAGUUGAUCCAGAGCGAUUUCUAACCAAUGAGCAUUUACAUAAUUCUAUGGAUGUCAGAGGAAUCUCUUCAUCCAGUCGACAACCUUCAUCUCGUCGUCGCAGUUUAUCUAAUACUGGUCCUGCGACAUCUCCAACUCUAACAAAUGGCCCUAAUAGAAUUUCAUCUACUGUUUCUGACCUUGCUGGUCGUUUGGACGAAUGUUCAACUAAAACAACAUGGAAAAAUCCUCAGAUAAGGGAUCUCCACUGCUACAACGCAGAUGUUAGCGCCCCUGGUGCUAUGAUGGCUCUUGGAAUGGCUUAUUUGGGUAGUGGUAAUUCCACCGUCAGUAGUUGGCUCCUUCCACCAUCUUCUUUACGCCAGUUGGAGCUUAUUCGACCCGACUUGCUCUUGUUCCAAGCGCUUGCCUAUGGUCUUGUUAACUGGAAUUCCAUAGAACCAACUCAAGAAUGGAUAGAUUCUUACAUACCGGAACAAUUGUUUGAAAGGCUUAGCGAGUCCAUCAGACCAAGGCCAAAGUUACAUUCACCGAGCGUCUCAGAUAUUCGUGCUACAUUGGGGCAGGCUGAUUUAUCCAGUGAAGAUGAUGUUGAGAAUCGAUGUCCAGAUCAAAUAUUUACUGAUUCUUUAUACCAUGCAUAUGGACGUUCUGCAUAUAAUAGGGGUCGUCGAAGUACAUUAAAUAAUGUUCGUGGUCGACCUGUUCGACGGUCAAGGAGAUAUGAUAUAAGACAAUGGUCUGAAGAGGAAUCUAGUGUCAACAAUAUCAAAGCCGUCCCUGGAAAAAGCGAGUGGUUCGAUCAAUUUGGAUUGCAAAAUAAAGAUUCUGUGGAUAUUGAAGCCAUAAGUUUGGCUUAUUUAAACAUCCUAGUUGGAUGUGCUCUAGCUAUGGGUUUGCGUUACGCUGGGACAUCGAAUUCAAAUGCAGCUAAUACACUAUAUUCUCUUGCAAGAAGUCUUUUAAACGAUACUUGGUGGCCUCCAUCAUAUUUUACCGUUAAAUCACCGUCUCAAAAUAAGCAGUGUGAUUCAGAACAAAUAAAGACAUCUUUACCGAAGUCCACGUUAGUUCAAAGUGCAGCUCAGUGUCUCUUAGCUCUCGCUAUGAUACUUGCUGGCUCUGGCAAUCUGACUGUUCUUAAAAUAGUUCGGCAACUGCGAGCUAUCCAUCUAUUCAAUUCUAAACCGGAUACUUUGAGUUCUGGACCAAGUAACAGUACUGCAUCAGACUCACUCUAUCAUACUGUUACAGCUGCCGCAGCUCGUGCUGCUGCGACCACGCAAACCGUUUCCACUAGCUCAACAGGAGCGUCUGUUAGUGAUCCCGUAUCUGUAGCGUCGGUAUUUGGUGCUGCUCUUGGUCCAAGUUAUGGAUUACAAAUGGUUCUCGCUAACAUCGUUGGUUUGUUAUUUCUUGGCGGUGGACGAUUAACGCUAGCAAAUACACCGGAAGCUGCUGCAAUGCUGAUUAUAUCCUUUUUCCCUCUUCUUCCUACAUUCGCUGGUGAUAAUUGGUAUCAUUUACAAGCUCUUCGUCAUUUUUAUGCUCUCGCUACCAUACCUCGACGCGUUUGUGCUGUAGAUGUUGAUACUGGUCGAGUUGUUCUGUCUAAUUUUGAGGCCAAACUACGUGAAUCCGAUGUUAUAGUUUCAUCAAAUGACACUUUUGUCUUCCCAUCUGAUGUAUUAGAAAACAUAGCUUGGCUUGAAAUCAAUCAUAAUUCCAACAAAUAUUGGCCUACUGUUUUUUAUCAUGGGACAAAUAAUUGGGAUAUAUUUAGAAUGACAUUUUAUAAAGCUGGCUAUAUUUUUGUUAAACAACGAGAUGAAGGAGAAGAGUUGAACGUCCUACAAUCAUGGCUCGAAGAAUGUUUGAAACAGUGGUUGGAUUUAUGCAUAUUGAAACAAUUAAAGCUGUUAGUCGCUUUCUUGAAACGGUUUUCAUCAACAAACAAGUUGGCUAUAUCGAAUGGUCACGAUCGUACUGGAAAUUCAUCUCGAUUGUUGUCAUCAUGCUCUGAUUUGGGACGUCUUUUAGCUGCGCGAGUUACUCAGCAUUUUAUAAAACAUAAAGAUGAGCUUUCCGUUGGUUUGAAGAAUUACUACUUUGAUGUAUCCAGUGUUACAACUACUGCUAAUCAGCAUAACACAUUCCAAUCCAGACUAGUCAAGGCAUUCCGAUUGUGGUUCAGUUUACCUGACCAUACUAUUCUGUUACCUCAUCUACCUAAAGAUGAUGUACUACCGCUGGUCAACUUCCUUUCAGUUGUAAAACAACAUAGUCCUACAACACCAGUUCCGAACAUACUUUGGUUCCACAGAUUUCUUUAUACACAUAGUUAA